AUGAGUGGAAAGGAUCUUCCCAGAGGGGACAAGCUUGUGCUUAGGGGCCUCAAGUUCCAUGGAUUUCAUGGUGCCCGGGUAGAGGAGAAGAAGCUGGGACAGAAGUUUGUUAUCGAUUUGGAUGCCUGGCUGGAUUUACACGAAGCUGGUGAGACUGAUAGUUUAUCCGAUACUGUCAGUUAUACAGAUAUAUACAGGUAAUAUACAGGUAACGGGACGUUUAGGCAAAUCAUUGAUGUGAAUAGGCUUCAUUGACUAGAUAUUAUCGUAUCCGUGCCAUAUCUUUUGACCCCUUAUCGAAUAUAUAUUUCUAUGAUAUUUCCAAAGUGGUACAUUCCCCUCAAUUAUCGUGGAUCAUUGAAUUUGGAACGUUUGUGCUAUCGGCACCUUUAAUUAUUCAUGUUCAUCAUGUGGUUAGAAGUUUCUUUUUUAUAAAAGAGGUCAUUUUUUCUGCCUAUCAUUCCUUAUAAGUGCGAGUAGUGAUGAAUACUCCAAUGAAAGGGCUCUACAGCUCAUGAAAAUUGCCCAAAUUUCUAUUAAUCUCGUGCUACCAAGCGCCAGAUGAAAGUGUUGGAUAGUAGCCCCCUGUCCUAACCUUUUGGAUCGGUCGAUAUGGAAUUUUCUGAUCCGAUUCCAAAGGUUGCAGUGCCGUAUGAUUCUUGGGCAGAAGUAUUAUGUGAUGAAUACUGUGAAAUGUUAAAAUUUUGGUCAUUUCUAUGGCAUUGUCAACAUUACACCUGCUAUGAAUCGGUAGUCGUUUAACAUUCUCGUUCUGAGAUUAUCUUUUCGAAAAAAGGGUUGUGUCAUGCCCAUCUGAAAUUUUGUUGAAAUUUCCUGAAAAAGGGUUGGACAUUAUCUUUUCCGAUAUUUAUUUUUGUUGAGCAUGUCUUGUUGAAAGAGCAUAUUUUUCAAGUCUUGACCUUCCCAAAGUGCAGGAUAGUCAAGGAAAUCGUAGAGGGGCCAUCGCAGAACCUUCUCGAGCGCGUAGCUCACCUCAUCGCGACUGCCACCUUAGCAAAGUUCCCUCAGAUAUCUGCUGUCAGGGUGGAGGUCAAGAAACCAAACGUUGCUGUCCAUGGAACUAUUGACUACCUUGGGAUUGAGAUACUCCGAUACCAAAACAGGUAA